GUCCCUCUGCCCCCCGCUCCUGCCCCGCUGCCGCCGCCUCCAUCCCGCUCCGUGCCGGGGCCCAUGGAGCUGCUGUGCGUGGAGUCCGCGCCCCGCGUGCCCCGCGCCGGGCGGGACCCGCAGCUGCUCGGGGACCGGCGGGUGCUGCAGAACCUGCUGAGCCUGGAGGAGCGCUACAGCCCGCGCCUGUCCUACUUCCAGUGCGUGCAGCGCGACAUCCAGCCCUACAUGCGGAAGAUGUUGGCCUUCUGGAUGCUGGAGGUGUGUGAGGAGCAGAAGUGUGAGGAGGAGGUUUUCCCGCUGGCCAUGAACUACGUGGAUCGUUACCUGUCCUCCGUGGCCGUGCAGAAGAACCACCUGCAGCUGCUGGGAGCUGUGUGCAUGCUCCUGGCCUCCAAGCUGAGGGAAACCAUGCCCCUGACCGUGGAGAAGCUCUGCAUCUACACCGACAACUCCAUCACGGCCCAGGAGCUGCUGCACUGGGAGCUGCUGGUCCUGGAGAAGCUCAAGUGGGACCUGGUGUCGGUGAUUGCCAACGAUUUCCUGCCUCACAUCCUGCACCGGCUGCCGCUGCCCGCCGACAAGGCGGAGCUGGUGAAGAAACACGCGCAGACCUUCAUCGCCCUCUGUGCCACAGACUACACCUUUGUGAUGUACCCCCCGUCCAUGAUCGCCACGGGCAGCAUCGGAGCCGCCAUCCACGGCCUGAGCCUCUCCCUGAACGGCUUCAGCGGCGAGGCCAUCACGGAGCUGCUGGCCGGGAUCACGGGCACGGAGGUGGACUGCCUGAAGGCCUGUCAGGAGCAGAUCGAGGCGGCCUUAGCCGAGAGCCUGAAGCAGGCAUCCCAAUCCCAGCAGGAAUUCAGCUCCAAGACGGCGGCGUACGGGGGCAGCCAGCCCACGAGCACCCCCACGGACGUCACCGACGUCAACCUGUGACCAACUGCCCUUCCCCAGAACUCCGGCCCCUCCCUGGACACCCCCAGCUCGCUGCAUCCCCCCUGCCCACCCAGCACCUCCGAGGGGCCCUUCCCAGGCUGGGAAUGUGGAGCGGGAUCCGAGCUCGGAGCUGCUGCAGGUGGCCGGGGGGGAGUGACCGAGGUGGUGCCAAGCCACAGGAAUGCUGGGGACAGGGAGCAGGAGCCUGGAUGAAUUUGGAAUUGUUUCUGUGUUGGUGUUCCCUGGCUCUUUGGGCUGUUGACGGUGACUUCAGCCCUGUGAGGGACAAAAAUCAUGGAGAGCCAGCCCUGCAGGACCCCAAUCCUCGUCACCGCCAGCUCCUGCGGGGCUCGUGGAGCAGCUGCUUGGUGGCCCCUCGGUCCCCAUUGCUUCGUGCCACAUUCCCACAGCUCCUGGGGAAGUCGUGCAGCUGCUUCUGCUUGGAGAGGACCUGUGGGGCUUGUUUGUUUUUGCUGUUGGAUGUGGGAUUUUGGGGACGCGCUCCCCGUCCGUGCCUUGGGAGGAGUUUGGGGUCGGGCGCCGUCCCCUCGGCUUUUCCGCCGGCCCACGGAGGCUGCUUAAUUUAUUGUUCACUGCUGGGAAAUGGGGAGGGAGGAGAGCUGGGAUUCCUCAGGGUGAGGUGCCACUCUCCUCUCCUUCCCAAAAAUGUGCCUUCCCCCUUCGCCCCUUCCCUGGCUCCCUGGGCAGUGGGAGACUCUCCUGGGAGGCUGCUGGGUCCUUUGGUAGCUUAGGCAUCAGACUAGGAUUUAAGGAAAACCUUUGAAUGUGCUGCUAUAGUCUGGGAUGCAUCUCCACUCUUUCCAGGGCAGGGAUUUCGGAUUACGCUCAGGAGGGGGCUGUGUUCAUCCACGUGGAUCUGAGCUGCCUCCUGAGAGGGUGGAAAAACUUUGCUGCGCACUUGAGUUGGAAAAGCAAUUACUGCAUUUUUGUAUUGUUGUUGUUGAUCCUGUUAGUUUUUUAUAAAAAUUGUUGUAAAACAGGGAAAAAAAAAAAAAAUAAUGCUGCUUUUCUAUGAGAAAACCAUUACAGAGUGGAAUUAACCAGGAAAAGCCAGAGACUCCACAGCGAUGGGAGGCAGAUGGUGCUGCUGCCUGGGGAACCUGUGGACAUGUGGCUGUUGUCCUCCCGUGGGGGAUGUGGAAAAUGAGGUAGAAAUCUUCCUUUUUGGAUGCCACCAGCCACAAAAAAAAUCAGGCGGAAAAAGGUGGGGCUGCUGCUCCUCCCUGAGCCUGCCUGGUCCGGAAACCCACGGAGCCGCUGCCUCCUGCGAGCAGGAGGGCUGGGACAGAGCCUGGCUGUGCAAAAGGAAAUGUGUUUCUUUUAUAUAUAUAUAUAAAUGAGUUUUUAAUUUAAGAGUAAACUGGUUUUGGUGUUCACUCGCACGAGUCCCGCUGCUGGGAGAGCCAGAGAACCCCGUGAUGUUGCAAUA